AUGAUAAUUGCUGUAGCAAUUUUAAUCGCCUUCAUCGCCACUGGAAUGGACUUUUUCAUCUACCAACCUGGGCGAAACCACAACCGCAGCAUCAGAAGGUGGCUUAGGCCUUUCUCCAUGUACAAGAACAUGAGCAAACUCGUGACCCCCAACGGUAACUCAGAGUUUGCAGAGUUUCACGUGUACAAGCUGAUCGCCAUCUUGUUUGUUAUCUCUGGCCAUCGGCAGAUGUACGCCAUCGGGCAGACUCCGCUGUAUAACGUCGACUGGGUAGAGGAGUUUGUCCGCAUGGAGGAUGCUUCCACCAAGAUAAUCUCGGAUUUGGCUCCGAUGGGCCGUAUUUAA